CGACCAGUUCCAAAGGCAUGAAUAUCUGAGGCCGAAGAAGAUGCACCUUUUGAAGGCACACAUUGCAAAAGCCAGCCGCAAAUACAAACGCCGGCCGAUUAUGUUGGAUAUUCGCUGAAAGGACGAUAGAAGACAUGGGAUUGCUAAGCAUAGUCAUUUUUGUCGUCACAAUAGCCUUUCUGCUGUGUACACAGCCAAACAUGCUGAGAAGCAUACUGCCUGCAUGGCUCGCGCCAAGUGAGGCGAAGUCCGCCGAAGACGACGCUCACCAGAAUGCGAACCUAACAGCACCAACCAUCGUCACACAGAACGAUGAAGAUACAGAAGAAGGUGACAGCACACCGAAAGCAGGACCGACUGUGCCAGAGAAGACUGUGCCAUCUUUCACUUUGAACGAGGACGAGGUUUCAGCAAAGGCCAUGCCGCCACCUCCUGUAUCUUCCUUUCCAGCUGCCAAUAGCGCACCAAGAGUGUCAGCUAUGCCGCCUCCCCUAAAGCCAGCAUCGAAGCUUAGCUCAGGCCUGAUGCCGCCUCCAUCUCGACCUGCAGUGCCAACGGCAAGACAGAGUCCCGGUACAGGCCUUCGUGUCCCAACAACAGGUCCGCUGCCUAACCGCGGCCCUCCUGCAAAUAGCCAGCAGCGCUUCAAUGGGGGACUCUCUCCCAACGGCACAGCAGUGCCAACUCCAAAUCCGCGGGGUAAAGUUCUUCUCAAGCCUGGCCACUCCCCAAUGGACUGGGCAGCGCUUACUCGUAGCGGCAAUCUCUCAGGAGUUCCAAGCUUUCAGCGCGUGACACCAAGCGAGCUCAAGAAGAUGACUGGAAGGAAAGGCAGGCCCGCCUGGAGCAGCUGGCAAGGCAAAGUAUACAAUAUUACACCUUACCUGCCUUUUCAUCCUGGUGGAGAGACGGAACUCAUGAAGGCCGCUGGCAGAGACGGUACUAAGCUGUUCAUGGAUGUGCAUCCGUGGGUGAAUUGGGACAACAUGCUGCAAACUUGCUUGGUCGGUGUUCUGGUGCCGGAGAAUUAUGGAGUUAGCGAAGGAUCGGAACUGGAAGACAUCGACUAGCGAAGGUCUUGGCAAUGCAAAGCUGGCUUGAUGAGACAGAUGCAAGCUAUAUGGCGCUGAAAUAACAUUACCAAUCACAUACGGCCACAGGUAGCUGGGAACAAGCAAUCCCGUCCGCUCUC